AUGGCUGAUGAAGAUCUUUUGGAAGCUUUCCUUCCCUUUCAACUGGAAGAUGCGUCAUCCUCCGCCUUCAUUCUUUAUCUAAUCCGCACCAUUAACCCUGCGCUGCUCACGGAUGAGAAAUGGCCUGAAGAUGUUCAGUAUGUCAUAGACAAGAUGAUCUCAAAGGGCAGCGUAGCGGCGCCUUUGCGGAAGUGGGAGCUCGGCCAAUUGGAGGACGCUCUCGUGGCCCUGAGCCCUGUUGGUAACGAGGCGCCGACGCCGUCUGCGAGCGCCCACACUGAACCACAACACCAAGAACAUCAGACUGAAAUGUCCCCUGCGCAUGCCGUCGAUUCUGGAUGGGAUACGUUUCUGGAAAAUGGAAUGAUUGGGAUAUCGCCGACUGAGAUGUUGGAUCUGGCAGCGCAACUCGAAGUGGACAGCAAUUUUGUGCCACAGGUUAUGGCUCGAACCCCUCCUCUUGGCCAUGUGCGGACCUUUUCCACUGCGAAGAUGCCAAAGAAAGAGUUCCUCUGCCUGUUGCCAGACAAGCCGAACGUGUCGGAGCAACGCAAGAUAGCUGGGCCGCUACACUAUGAGCAAAUCACACCUCAGAUAGCAUCCGGUACUCUUGUGGUAGGAGGCGGAACGUAUGAACAGCAUCCAGUGGAGGGUAAGCCUGCUCGACAAACAGGCAGCAUGAUCAUCUACGCAGCAGAGAGCGCCGAUGAGGUCUGGGAAAUUAUCAAGAGCGACGUUUACGCUGCCCACGGCGUUUGGGACCUGGAUAAGGUCCAGGUGAUUCCGUAUGUAUCCGCUGUCCGGGUGCCCAUGCCCUCCGGAAAGUAG